AAGCCCUGCCUCGCUCGGGAGCCUCCCCCGCCGCCCGCCUCGCCGCGCAGGUGGAGCGGUGCCGCCGGACGCAGGGACCCACCCGAGCGGGACCCGACCCGACCCGGCCCGCCGAGCCCAGCCCGGCCCGGCUGAGCCACGCCGCGGAAGCAGCCCUGCUCCCUGCCCCGCUCCGCGCCCCGCUCCGGCGGCGCCACAGCGGCAGCAUCGCGGCGGGACUGCCUGGGGAUGCAGCCGCGCUAAGAACAAAAGCCCCUCUCCGCGGUCACGCUCCGGAGCUUUAAAGCGGCCCGGCCCGGCUAAACUUGGAUCUCAGCCCCUCUCCGCCGAGCCGCGGCGGCGCCCGGAUUGAACUCGCGGCGCCUUCCCCGCACGCCGCGGGCAGCGCCUGAGCCCCGGGGGUCCCCCGCCCGCUGCGCGCCAUCCCGCGGGGCUGCCCGGGGAGGGGGCCGCGCCCCGCACCCCCCGGCACGGCACCGCGCCGCCCCGGGGACCCCCGCCGCCUCCCCGCUGCGGGACCUUGGCUUUGCCCUUCGCACGGCAGGUGGCGGGGCCAGCGGAGAAGGAUGCGUUUCUUCCCGUGGGGAUUUUGGCUGCUGUGUGUCGCCUCCGCCCCGGCUCGCGGUGACAGCGGCAGCAAGGCGAGGAGCUGCGCCGAGGUCCGGCAGCUGUAUGGGGCCAAGGGCUUCAGCCUCAGCGGCGUCCCCCAGGCCGAGAUCUCCGGGGAGCACCUGCGAAUCUGCCCACAAGGCUAUACCUGCUGCACCAGUGAGAUGGAGGAGAACUUUGCAAACAAAAGCCGAAGUGAAUUUGAAGCCAUGAUCAAAGAGGCUGGUCGCUCUGUGCAGACAACCCUAACAGCACAGCACAGAAGCUUUGACAGUUAUUUCCAGGAUUUGUUGAACAAGUCAGAAAAGGCCCUUUAUGAUGCUUUUCCAAGCAUGUAUGGAGAAUUGUACACUCAAAACAUGAAGGUCUUCAAAGACUUGUACAGCGAGCUGCGCCGCUAUUACCGGGGCUCCAACAUCAACUUGGAAGAGGCCCUCAAUGAGUUCUGGACACGCUUGCUGGAGCGGCUCUUCAAGCUGAUGAAUCCCCAGUACCAUAUCACAGAUGAGUACCUGGACUGCAUGGUGAAACAUGCGGAGCAGCACAGACCUUUCGGGGAAGUUCCUAGGGACCUGAAGGUGAAGGCAACCCGAGCCUUCAUCGCAGCACGCUCCUACGCACAGGGCUUUCUUGUGGGCAGCGAUGUGGUCAAAAAGGUGUCUCAGGUAUCUCUCAGCCAUGAGUGCACUCGCGCCAUCAUGAAGCUGAUGUACUGCCCGCAUUGCCGGGGCAUGUCCAACGUGAAGCCAUGCAACAACUACUGCCUGAACGUUGUGAAGGGCUGCCUGGCCAACCAAGCGGACCUGAACACUGAGUGGAAGUACCUGAUGGAUUCCCUGGUCAUAGUGGCUGAUCGGAUUGAUGGACCGUACAACGUAGACACUGUAAUAGGGACUAUUCACAUGAGGAUCGCUGAAGCUAUUUCUAACUUGCAAGAAAACAAAGAUUCAAUAACAGCCAAGGUUUUCCAAGGCUGUGGAAAUCCCAAAAUCAGCACAAAAGGCUCCAGCACCGAGGACAAGAAAAGGCGGGGGAAGGUCGUGUUGGAAGCAAAAUCCUCUGCACAAGCACUGGAGAUGCUGGUUUUAGAUGCCAAAGGGAAUCUGACAGCUCUCAAGACUUACUGGAUCACCCUGCCCAGCAGUCUGUGCAGCAAAAAAGUAAUGGCCAGCUCAGCAGUGGACGACAAGUGUUGGAACGGGAUGACCAAGGGCAGUUAUCUGCCUGAAGUGAUGGGGGACGGCUUGGCUAAUCAGAUUAACAACCCAGAGGUGGAGGUGGAUAUCACCAAGCCAGAUAUGACCAUCCGUCAGCAAAUCAUGCAGCUAAAGAUCAUGACAAACCGGCUGGGCAAUGCUAACAUCGGGAAUGACGUGGAUUUCCAAGACGCAAGUGAUGACAUGAGCGGCUCCGGGAGUGGUGACAGCUGUCCUGAUGAUGUCUGUGGCAAAAGACUUUCUAAGAGUCCUAGCACCAGGCAGCCAGAAACACAUGCUAUUCCUAAGCAGUCUGGACACGGCAUCAAUGCAGCCAGCAGCAGAUCUUUGCCUUCUGCCUUCCUCCUCCUCCUUUCGGUGGCUUUCAUUGCCGCGCAGCAGUUGUGGCGGUAACUCACUAGCACAGCCAGGAAAGAGACUGCAGCUGAGGGCUUCACUUUGCCAAAAACCAACCAACCAACCAACGAACCAACCAACAAAAGGACAUAUUUAAUUCACCUUGGCAGAAAAAAAAAAAAAAAGAGGGAGGAGAAAAAGGUUUCAGUUGUUUGCUAUUUCUGGCAGUGCUCGAGCUGUUUUCUUCUUUCUUGGUCUCUUCCCCAAUGCUGGGCCCUUCUUUCCGUACCUCAUUGUUUUACUUUUGUUAUUGCCACAAACUGGCUCUCCGGGCUGAAACAAGCCUUUGCAGAGAGGCCUCCAGGGGGAACCCAGCCGACCUCUCCAAGAGCAGCUCUUUUGCUGCCUCCAGUGGAAUAUGCAAUUGCCCUGAUGUUACCCAGCCGCUGGCCAGAGCACUGCUUAUCAUACUGCUGCCAAAAGCACGACGGUGCCAGGACCAACGCCACUUCGUAAUGUGGAGAGACUGAGAUCGUCAGCGCUGCUCAAGUGCUGCUUUCAGGGCUUUUUCGGGUUUUUCCUCUGUACUUCCUAGGCAGGCAGAGGUGGCCCUUCACAUCCAGCAGCGUAUGUAGGAGUGUGAGCAGGUUUGGUGGGUUGAACUGAAACAGUUUGGCGGUGGCUGUUGGACCCAAAAAACGCAGAACUCCCUUUUUCUUUGGAAAGGUCACAAGUGGGUUUCUUGACUAGAGCUCGUAGCUGACGACAAUUUGAAAUGUAGGUCUCCUACAUCUAAGUGACUGGGAAUGAGUGUUAGGGUUUGGGGUAUUUUUUCUUUGCAUGCUAGUUGGAAAGCCAUUUUUUACCCAAGUAAUAAUGGUCCAAUUUCUACCUGCAGUGCAGUACCGUCAUAGGUAACAGAGAGACGAAAAUAUGCACAGUGGGAUUCUCCACUUGACAGGCAGUUGUGCUGCCUCCUCCUCCUCCGGCCCCAGUCGUGGAUGGGAAUCACUUUUUUUUUUUGUAUUAAAAAAGACCAGAGACAUUUUACUAACAGGAUCAUUGUGACUGGUGUGAGAGCUCACACCAGGCACAUGAGGGAGUGACACCAGGCAGCUGCCUUAGGGCACAGGGGGGCUGGUAGCGAUUAGGCCUGGGCAGUGUCCCUGCCCAGGAGACUAACUCAAGGUAGCAUCUACUGGGGAGGACGUGGGGACAGGACAUGUUUUGUUCAGGAUUUUUUUUUAUGUUGGUGUUUGUUCCUGUUGCAUUGUAGGUUUUUAAGUGAAUCCCUGCUUUCCCUAUCCCUUCCCCAUCCUCCCAUGCACCUUCUCUAACCACUGCAGGGACGGGGUGAGACAGCAGGUCAGACACCCACCUGCAGCUCCAUUUCGGAUCAAGGAAGGGCCAGGCUCACCCUCUGCUGCCCCAUCCCACCACGCAUCAGCCUCUGGGUCACACGGGCAGCUGCCCUAACCCCAAAAUGCUUGCUGGGGUGGACUCGGUGCCAGGUUUUGAGACUGGGGGUGGUCAGUGAAAAAUAUAAAUAUCCUCAUGUAGCUGUAGGAGUGUCUGUGCUUGUAGGGCUGUGUGCUUCGGGGCUUCCAGAGGGCUUCUGUACCUCACAGGUAUGGCAAGCUUUGGCUGGAGAUGUAGGUUUAGCGGAUGUUAUAGGUACAACACAGUCACUGUGACCAUUGGGGCUAAGAACAUGCCCAGGGGUUGGGCUUCAUUCAUAUGGGGUUGGGUUUGAGUUUCAAAUGUGUUUGUACUGUGGGCAAGAGGGAGGGCAGAGGUGUAUCUAUCUCCUACUUUGCUGGUCUGCGCAGCAUGUUUGAGUGUUUCUCCUCUGUCUUGCCAGAGGAGAUGUGUCUUCAGGCUGAGCAAACAUUGUGGGGUUGGGGUUUGGCUGUUUUCUAAGAAAAGGAAAAAAAAAAACAUUUUUAACAUUAGCAGUUUCUAGAAUGUGCAAUUUAAGGGAAAAACGAGAACAUGAGCAAGGUAAUGCUGAAAGCUGGCACAGGCAGGCAUGGAGGGAACUUGUCACCCGUCCUCCCUUGGGCAGGGGUCCCACCAGGCACUGGGAGGCAGCAGCAGCUCCUGCCCACCUUGUCCUGGGGCCAGGUAAUGACGCUCAUGGUUCAUCAAACUAGGCAGAGAUUUCAGGCCAGCUUUGGCUACUCCAAGUCACAGUGACUGAUGUUACGGACUUGGUAUCCUUCCUGCUUUGUACUCGCUGGCUUCUGAUCUAAUUUGGCAGGGUUUCAGAAAUGAAAGCCAAGGUUCUGGACAGGCUAAAGGACAGGCAACACCACUAGACCCAUCAAAACCCAGGAGUGGAUAAAUACAAGUCAUGGUUUUAUAUAGAUUUAUUUACUUAUAUGGCAAGUUCCACAUUUCGCUUUUAUGGCUCUAAAGAGUCCUUGUCUUUUUUUCUUCCUUUUUUACCAGAAUUGCCAAUAUAAAUUCAGCCUUCAAUUACAGAAAUCCCACAACCAAUCCUGCAGAAACUUUACAUCCAAAGCCAGAAAAAAAAUGGGGGGUGGCAUUAGAACAUUGUACCCUCUUCAAAAAACAGUUGGGUUGAAUUGGAAUUUUAACACAUGACUGCCAAGGUCAAUGUUUUGCUUUGCAGAAUGGGAGAUUGAAAGGGAAGUUCUUGUUGUUUCCAUUUCUGUGCAGUUAGUGUUUGCUGUCAGCAUAUUACCCUCAAAAGCUUCUUACGGGUCCCAGGGGAACACACCUUAAAUAGGAAGCCAAGGAUUUACUGAUUGUCCAGUUACUAUUUUAACAUUUUAGUAGCCCAAAUUAUUGGUCCUGUUAUGAUAAUAAACCCAAUAGUCCAAAUUAAUAAGGCAAGGCCUCAAGGACAGAGUAAAAACUGUUAUGCAGGAGAAACCCUUCCUGAUGCCUUCCCCUUUUGGCUGGGGUUGAGCUCACAGUUCAGUGUCCCUCUGGGCCCCAAGGGCACCUGCUCCAGUCCUCCUGGAGCCAAGCUGGGGGUUAGAGCAGCAUCGUCAGCCUCAGGUCUGUGGGAUGGGCAAGGGCAGUGCCAGGGGCUCUUCCCCCUCUCUGCCGGGAGACACAUGAUGUUGGGUGUUGAUGCUUCCUCCCUGCUCGGCCCUGGGGCUGCUGGGUUUAUUUUGUAUACCUUUUCACGUGGUCCACCUAUGCAGCUGCUUUUUUCCAGUUCCCAGUUAUUCAGUUUUUCUGUUCUCUUCGUUGCCCCGAAGUGGUUUCUCCAACCUGCUGCAAUUUGAUGGCCUGGGGCUGCACUUGGCCACACCACCUUGUGCUGGGGAGCCAAAACAGCCAAGUCCCCCCAGGGUAUCUACUCAGUAUCACUCUAAACUAAAGCAAACCUUAGUUACCCAAUGGCUAGACAACCACUGGCACGGCUCAACAAGCUGAAGUCAGCCCAGGUCCAGACAAGCCCCGAGCCUGCGCUCAGGCUGGUUCAGAGCCUGGGACCCUUCAGUGCUUAUAAAUUACAUUUCCUGGGCUACCACCUGCUCGAAAAGGUUGUGACAAACCUCCUCGGCCCCAUGGUGGUCACGGGCUGAGGGCUGCAGCCACGGUGGGGGCUGGCAGCUGCCGUGGUUGGCUAUGUGGAUAGGGAGCUCUGGGGAGCGGGGGGGGGCUGGGGAGGAACAUUUGCUUUGAUGUUACCAAGAUGGUGAUUUGCAGUGUUCUGGUUUGAAAAGGCCUUGUACUUCACAGGGCUGCAGGGGUGGGGGGCGGUGGUGUAGAGAAGACCCCUGUCCCUGGAAAGGGGAGAACCAGAAAUAGUGGAUUUCCAAAUGUCUCUGUCUUUCAGCCUGCUCUUUUGUGCCAUAACAUGUGUUUUAACUAAGGGCAAGGGUCUCAAAAGGCUUUGAGAGCGUAGCUACUCAUCAUUUACAAAUGACAAACUGCCUGUUGUUUUCUGGUGGGCUUGGUAGGGGCUAAGGUAUAGCAAAAAUAUCUAAAGUCCACCUUUGCUUUAAACAGAUGCAUUUCUAUCUGCAGGAGUAAGAAUUAUUUCACUUAUUGGCAUAGUCGGACAGUUAUCUAUUUCUUUCUGUUACCAAGGUACUUGUAACUCUCUUGCACUGUUUAUCUAAAGUUGAAAUAUGUUCUUUGAAUCCUUGUAUAAAUAAAAAGGCUGGAGACUUAAAUCUGUA